AAAUGACGCGCACGCUUUUGAACACAAAAGCGGAAGAACUUCUCCCUAAUUUCGGGGAUAUUUAUUUGCAAUAUAGUCAAAUACAACAUUGAUUACAUUGGGCCAUCAUUAUGAUCAGAUGCUGUUUCAUCUGUGUGUUUUCAGUUCUGAUAAACAAAGUGUCUCUGCAGGUCACAGUAGAGGCUGUUAUUGGUGGUUCUGUUGACCUGCGGUGUUCAUCCACUGAACAUGAUCAUAAACUUCAAGACAUUGAUGUGAAAUGGAGACACAAUGGCAGCAAGAUUGUGUAUGAUAUAAUAAAGGGUGAAGAUUCAGUAGAGCUACAGGACCAACGGUACAAGAACAGAACUAAAACUUUCCCUAAUGAGUAUCUGAGAGGAAACUUCUCCAUCAAACUCAACAAUCUCACUCAUGAUGAUGCAGGAAAAUACAUCUGCUUCAUCACACACUCAGAUGAACAGAGGACUGUACAGCUGCACAUCAAUGAAUCAACAGCAAAAGGAAACAAAUCACAUGACCAAAGAGACCAAGGAGAAGAAAAAGGAGCAGACAAUGUGGGGACAUCAGUGAUCUUAGUUGUAGUAGCUGUAGUAGUAGUAGUAGUAGUAGUAGUAGUAGUAGUAGCAGCAGUCCCAAAAAUUAAACACCGUUUUUUAAUUCAGAGAAAAAGAAAUCAAGCUUUCUCUCCUGUCACAACUGAUGGAGAUAGAACAGUGACACAAACAGCUACAGGUGAGAUGAACAGCAAAGAAUGAAAUAAGAAAAUGUUCUCAGACUUACGUGAGUAUGAGAGGGAAGCUUCCUUUCAUUGGUGUUUUCGUUCUGAUCCUCAAGUGAAACACUUCCCUGAAUUAUAUCUCAAACAUUCCUGCUGUCAUUGUGUCAAUACACAGUCCUGUCAUUACUGAAAACGCACAACACGAUCUUCCAGUUUUACCUUCCCUCCUGACCUGCAGAGAAAAUGAAACAUGAAAUAAACAACAUAGUUGCA